UGAUGUAAAAACUGAUUCUAUUUCGGUAAUUUGUCAUGGUACCGGGAAAUAACGUAAGUUAUAAUAUAUCAAAUGGAAGUACCUGUACCUCAAAUGGCCCGUUUAGACACUUUCACUUCCCAAUUGUUCAGCAACAGUGCGUGUUGAAGAUUUGCUCCCUGUUCCAUGCCCCAUUUACUUAUUGGUAAUCUUACCGUUUGAAAAGGACGAACGUGUAAUGGAUAUCUUGCGGUGCACUGUAUUGUUUAUGUGCAUCUUCACUGGAUUAUCAGAAAACGUGCAAAAAAUUAUACCAGCAAGAGUAGGCGAUCGUGCUGUUUUAACAUGGAUUGAUGAAUCAAUUUCGCCAAAUGAUGAAAUUAAAUUUAUACGUGAUGAGGAUAUAAUCCACAGGAAAGCACGUGAGGAAACUAACUGUUCUCAAAGUGAGAAUAGGCCUACAUGUUUCUAUAUAAUCGACAAUGUACAACUGGCGGACGAAGGGAACUAUAGGAUUGUCACAGAGAACAAAGGCCUAGAUAUUACGAGAUCGUCAUCUCGUAUUCGUCUUCUUGUCAUUCCGGAAACAUGCCAGACUGACAAAAAUACAUAUUUUGUCGGCGAAAGUAUCGCCGUGUCUUGCAAAUCAAACCACGCUUUAGACUGUGUUUGUUCCCCCUCUCAAGCAUCUGUUAAUGAAUCCAGACCUGAGAUGAAUGGGGAAACCAUUGUAUGUGUACUUGGCACCGAAGUUACAGUACGGUGUAGCGGACCACCUAUGUCUACGAUCCCGAAUAAUACACCAACGAUUUCAACUUGGACAAAAGUAGGCCCACACGACUCUGAAGAUGUGGCUAAAGCUUCUAGCGGUUCUUCCUCCAAAGAGAAAAAUAAUGACAGGGGAACAAAUAUAUUUAUAUUCACUGAAGAUGAAAAAUCUAGUCUCAUCGUCAUUAUAUUCCUCGUAGGACUAGCAAUCAUUGGAGUAAUAAUUUUAGGCCUAAUUUAUAUUCACAAGUCCAUUCAAAAUAAUUUAAAUAGAAUAAAUUUCCAACCCGUAAACAAAAUUGAAACAACUCAAGUAUAAAAAAAAUUACGAUUUUUUGUUUGACUAUUAGGCCUGUUAUUUUCUAGGACAUUAAUUUUAUCCAUGUUUGAUCUUGGCCUCAAGCACACACGAAUAAUGGGCCGUUACACUAAGCCACGGUCCCUAUGCAUUUGAACGGCUGUUUUGUGGGACAUUCGCGUAUUCCUGGCCGUUGUUCUAAUUAAUCGGUCGUUUUUUGACACAUUGGAAAGCUCCAUUUGAUGCACGUGUUACUAGUCAUUACGCUCUUAAAUUAUUGUAAAUGGGCCUAAUUGUAAAUAAUGAUGUAUAUUGUUGGCCUGUAUAUUUUUUUUUUAAUCCUUUGGGGGAAUGUGGUACUGAAGCAAUGAGCUUUUCAAUAGAAAUAAAUCUGUGUUUUGUAAAUUGACUUCGUAUCAAAAACCUAACGAUUGCUAUGAACUAUAAGUAUUUUUGGCUUAUAAUAUAAAUAUAGUAUUACACUAAAUAGGCCUAUAAUCAGACACAAAGUCGUGCUUAAAGCCAGCUCCGAAGGAAUUUUAUUUUUUAUAUAUGUUGUACAACUGAUUUUUCUUUAAAAAAAAACAAAAAAAAAAACAAACAAACAAACAUAUUUGACGAAAAAAAAAUCGGAAACGGAGUUAAUGAAUACAUAUAUUAUUUGAACAUUUAAAAACUGGGUGGGGUGUGGGUGGGGAAGGGGAAGAUUUCCCCAAAUGAGUUGUAAAAUAUAUCAAAAAGUUUUGUUUCCUCCGAACCUGGUUUUAAAGAAAAAAGAAAUGAAUACAGGCGCUUGUGUCUAUGACCUAUUAAUAAUCUCAUAAAUUUCGAGGCCAGGGAAUGGAGAUGUUGUUUAGUCGUAAGAAAAAAAAAACACGAGAAUAUUAGCCACAAUGCUAUAUAUAGGCCUAAUACAAGUUUCUCGUUUAGGUCUAUUGUCUUUUCUGCGGCCUGUUAACUUAUUGAAAUUAAUAAAUACGCUGGAUAAAUUUAAGUAAAAAAAAUGUUGUAAAUGUAAUUUGGCGGUAAUCUUGCCUCUGCCCAUUCGUCGGAUACUUCAACACAAUUAUUUGUUGGAGGAGCCUAAACAGUAAUUUAAAGAUCGUGGGACCCUAAAAUAGAUUACAUGCUUUCUUCAACUACCUAAGUUGUGCAAGGGGUUUGGUAGCCCCGCAUAUUCUCCCGAUGUGGACAUAUCGGUCCGUAACGUCGAAGACAUCUACCCAUCUUGUAAAACCAGGCAUGACAUCAUAAUGGGUUAAAUAAUACAAUGAGUACAACCGACUUUGUAUAACAAGUCAUUUUUGAACCACUGGCCAUGAACAAGUCACGAAUUUGUGCUCUAUCCUGUUGAACUUAAGAGAAUUUGAAUUUAGGACAACUUAAACAAUGUUCAAGUUGCGCAAUAAAUGAUAGGUCUCAAUGACACCAGUGCCCCAUGAUUGUGCAAACCAGUUCCCAUCGAAAUCUGGCCCUGAAUAGUUUUGGCUAACGGGAAAAUCCACAACUUUAUAAAUACUGUAGGUUAUUCUGUCAAUGAACACACCUAAAUCCCUUUAAACAAUACCGGUAGCAAAAUCAUAUUAGUGCAUUCAAUUUGGUGAUAUGUUUGUGAUAUGUAUGUUGAUAUAGACUAUA